CCGUCGGAGCUUCUGUUUGCGACGCUGAACGGCGACGCAUGGGCCAGGGCCGAGGAGGGCCUGCCGUGGAGGGCGGACCAAGGUCUGAGGCCGCGUGUAGCCUUGGCCCAGGAGACAAGGUUCGUCUCGGAGUCGGCGCAGUUGACGGCCGGAAGUCGGGCUCCGACCUUCAAGGCCAAGCUGGCGAGUGGCCCCGUGGUUCGCGCGGGCGAGUCCGCGAACGCCGCGUCGGAGGGAGUGUCCACGGUCGUGGACAAUUCGCUCGGCUUCGCGCGGCAAGCGACGGGCCCAGGCUGCGAGGCUGCCCGCGUGCUGGCGCGCAGGGCUGCGCUCAGCGGGUUCCAGGUGCUGUUCGUCUCGGUCUACCUCGCAUUCUCGAUGGGCGCGCAGGGCGCCAACCUGGAGCUGAUGGAGGAGCUGCAGAGAUGGCUCUUGGAGCAGCCGCGGCAAUUCGUCAUCGGGGGGGACUGGAGUGUCAAGCCCGAGGCCAUGGCGGAGGUGACCGUGCCCUCCGCCUUGCCCCUGCCAGCGCGCCGCGUUGUGGCGCUGAGGCUUAAGGGGCUCACGCCAGGGAGGCAUAUUCAGGUGUCCAGGAUGCCACUUGCGUUCGACCUGGGCGCCGAGCUGGACCAGGAUGGCAUCGCGGCAUUCGCCAGCCUCACGUACCGGCUGGUCUGGCAGGUGGCGGUUGGCUGCUCCGGAGCCCCGGUGGAGGACGCCAUGACGGAGUGGUUCACCAAGGCGGAGGCGGUGCGGCGUCCGUCGCGGCUUCCGCGGGCGAGCGGCUGCUGGCCAUUAUGGGCGCGCUCGCGGCUGCGCACUGGCGCAGGCGCCAUUGGCCUCGGCGGUUUCUGCGCACCUGCG